AUGAACCCUUUUCCUUCUUCCACAAACUCAGUGAACAGUUUCUACACAUUCUUAAGCAGAGGAAUUGAUGAUUUAGAGAGAGCUUUUCUUUCAAACAACUUGAUGUCAAUCCAAUUCCUUCAAAGGGUACUCUCUAUACUUAGAUCCUUUCACACCCAACUAGUACUUUUGGUUCAAAAACUUCAUCUCCCAGUUGGUGAUAAAUGGCUUGAUGAAUACAUGGAUGAAAGCUCCAAACUUUGGGAAACAUGUCACCUUCUCAAGUCUGGUAUUUCUAGCUUUGAAAGUUACCACUCAAGUGGUAUUAAUAUCACUUCGAUUUUCGACUCUCACUCGCAUCUCUCUCCACAACUCCGCCGUCAGGCUCUGAGGGGAAUAUCAGGGUGUAGAACAGAAGCUAUGGGAAUGGAAGAAGAAAACCGUGCAUUGAUGGAAACUAGAGUCCAACUACUUUCUCUACGUUUCGACGAAAGAGUAUCGGUUGAAUCAAAGCUAAAUGGUUUCAACGGUUUCAGGGGAGUUUUAUACGCAAUGAGAAACAUUAGUUCCAUGCUGCUCACAUUCCUGUUACACGGUUUGGUGUACCAUUGUCCCGAGACAUUGAACACGGUCACAGGGUUCGACCGUCGGUUGUUUCUUGGGUCCGGGCUAAUGAUAUCUGCUGCGAGGUUGCAGCAGAGAGUGGUGGCGGAGAUGAGCGAGGUUGCGCCAGGGAUGUUGUUGUAUGAGUUUAGAAGGACGAGGGUGGCAGUGGAGACGCUGAGUGGAGAAAUGGAGAUGACCGCGUCGCAGGUUGUUCAAUGGGAAAUGGAAGAUGGUUUGAGGGAGAAAGUAGAGAGUGUUAGAAUGUGUUUUGGUGUGCUUAAGUCUGGUGCUGAUAAUAUUGUUUGUCAGCUUGAUGAUUUCUUUGACGAAAUUGUUGAAGGUAGGAAGAAGCUUUUGGAUUUUUGUAGUCAUAGGUAA